AUUGCGCUUCAAGUUGGAUUGAAUAUUAUAAAUUUGAAUUUUUACAAUUCUCUAUUUACUUAAGAUUGCAUUUUAUACAUAGCUACUUAUAAGGUAAACAAUAAUUAGUAUCGUGAACGUUAUAACUCAAUCGUAAUAGUAACACCCGCAUUUCUCGUAUGAACUAAGUAGUUGCAUUGCAAAACACCAGAAGCACCAUGUGUGACAUAAAACUGGAGCCCGAAGAUCUAGAAAUAUGCCGCGGCUGCCUCAGUUCAGAUAGGACGCUGUCUUCUGUGGAAACUGCCGUGUAUCUACCUCUUCUGACCGAAGACCAAAUACUCGAAUUAGAUCUCAAGAAGCAUAUAGCUUUGUGUUGGGAGUGUAUGGCUCUGCUGCGCAAGAUAUGUGGGUUCCGGGCACAGGUGCAGAAAGCACAUAUGAUCCUGAAAGACUCCUUACAACUUUUACCAACAAAACCUACUUUAUCUUCUCUUUCUGUCCAUCAAAACUUUGAAUAUGAUGCUGUUUUUGAAGAAAGCACACCACAUGAAUUACCAUUUUUUUAUGAACUAAGCUCAACUGUAGACCAUGAUAAAGUUAUUGUACCCACAAAAUACAAAAGUAUGGUAACAAAAACUAAAAUAUCAAAUAUGAAACAUGUUAAAGUUGUUUUACACGAUAUUAUUAAAAAUAAUAUUAAAACUGAACAUCCCAAUGAUGAUAGUGAUGAUAAUGAGAAUUUUGGAGCUGAUGAUAGCUACAGUUCCUCUGAAGAAAUUACAGAAACAAAAAACGAUAGCAGAGAAAUUUUAUCAGUCGUGAAACAACCAAAUUUACAAGAGGGACCAAAGAUAACUAAAGAAAUAAAUAAAACUACAGCAACACUGAAACUGGGCCGGAAAUCACAAAGAUUAAUUGACACCAAAAAGAUUGCACUAAAAAGAAGAAAAGUUGAUACAGCACAAAAACUAUCAGUAAAAACUGUAAAACACAAUUCAAUUAAACAUGGUAAAAACAAAUGUGAAAUUAAAACACUAGAAUCUUUAAACAUUGAUAAUAAUACAAAAUUAGAAGUAAAUGAAGAGGAUAAUAUUUAUUCAGACGAUGAAGAUGCCAAAGCUGAUUUAAAUCAGAGUGAAUUUGAAACGCAAGCAAGAAAAGAAAAGCAGUCAGGGUUACACACAGACAUCAAAUUUAAAGCUGAUAAUGAACAGAUAAAAGCAGAAAGGAAGAGGAAAAAAACUUCGAGAUUCAGGGAAAUAAAAAUGAGAUAUAAAAAGAUUGAACAGGUUCUGCCAUAUUUCCAAGAAAUCGAAAUGAAUAAGCAAGAUUUAAAGAUCACAUUAGAAAAAGAUGAUGCAAUAGUUGAUAAACAGAAAAUCCAUAAAUGUAGUAUAUGCGGGGUAAAGUAUCAGCUUCACAUACACUUAAACGGACAUGCACUACGAAAUCAUAGAAGAACUCAUCCUGAACACUUUGACAAUACAAAUUUCAACAAUCCAGCCUUAGUGCUGCCGCAAAAGUCCGUCUGGCGUUGCGAUGUUUGCGCCAGAAUGAUGCGGAGAGAACAUGUAGUCGCACAUAUGAAUGAAUUCCAUGUACGUCGAUUUUUGUGCAAUGGCUGUGAUUGGAGCCUGAAGCCAUUUUGGAAAUUCGCGGAUCGCCAACGACACUGGAAUGAAAUUCACAGACAAUUAAUAUGUAGCAUAUGCAAAACACGCAGGAUAUCAAGGAAGAUGAUGGAGUUUCAUAUUGAAGAAACUCAUGUGCCACCAAACAAACGCCGAAAGCACCAAUGUCCUCACUGCCCGAACACAUACCGAGACCGCAAGUCUUUAUACGAGCACGACAGAGACGCCCACCAGCCCCCGGAGCAGGUCGAGUUGCGGUACUGCGUGACGUGUGACAUCACCUUUAAGAGAAUCUGCAACUUCGAGCUUCACUUCCGUAAUUUUCAUUCAGGGAUACCUAAACAGACAUUCCCGUGUCCACAAUGCGGCAAGGUUCUUCAAAAGAAAGCCAAUCUCAAGGCUCAUAUGAGCGUCAUUCACGCAGGCAUAACCAACUACCGUUGUCAUAUCUGUGACAAGUACUUGUGCACAAACACAGCGUUGCGACGACAUUUGGAUAUGCACAAGAAUAUAAAACUUCCGAAGAACCACGCGUGCACUAUAUGCGGGCGCAAGUUUCAAACCAACAGUAGCCUACAGUUCCACAUGAACACGCACACAGGCGAACGGCCAUACAAAUGUACAGAAUGCGAAUCCGCGUUUACGCAGCCCUACACGCUGCAAAUGCAUCUGGCCAAGCGGCAUAAUGUGGACGCGGGCGUGAAGACCGAUGGGACGAUUGUACCGGCGACGAAGACAAAAACUGAGAGGAAUGACUAA